AUGACGAAGGGUACCUCCAGCUUCGGUAAACGUCACAACAAGACGCACACCCUGUGCCGACGAUGCGGUCGUCGCUCGCUGCACAUCCAGAAGCAUGAGUGCUCCUCUUGCGGCUACCCUGCUGCCAAGACCCGAAAGUACAACUGGGGCGAGAAGGCCAAGCGGAGAAAGACUGUCGGUACCGGUCGCAUGCGCUACCUCAAGGACGUUUCUCGACGAUUCAAGAACGGCUUCCAGACCGGCCAGCCCAAGGGCGCCCGUGGCACGACCAAGCAAGAGUCCUAG